CUCCCGGGGAAGUAUUUGAUUGACGCUGCGGCAACGGCCUGUUGUCCAAGCGAACCGCACGACCGGCAGCAAUUCCCUGAGCAGCGCGGAAAAGGAAUAGAAUGAAGGCCAUAUGUACCUGAAGCCGCCGCGUUUUCGAGAAUCGUUGGGUACAUUCUUUGUACAUCUCUUGUCCCAUUGUCAUCUUUGGUUCAACCGUGUGGAUUGGCGUCUUUUCAGCAUUCACAAAAUCGCGUAGAGAGCGUGUAUUGUUGGAUCAGAGUACUCCUCGACGAUACAAAAGCGAAUCCCAAGCGUCAAUCCGCGGAUCAUCGGGACGUCAUUCGAAAUGGGAGCGACGCUAUCCAAAUUGUGGAGCACGAUUAGAAACGCAUGGACAGGUGGUGCUACGACGGGUAAGAACACACAACAACAUCAACAAGUCAAAGACCAGACGAAAGACAUCGAGAGCGGAAUAAAUACACCUACGCAAGCAACGGAACCGGUUGUCAAUAUGUCUGGCGUCAAGAAGUACGAGAUUACUGAGCCAUGGCUCAAGUUGAACUGCUCGCUGGGGGAAGGCCCCUUCUGGGAAGAGGAAACGAAUACGAUCCGUUUUCUUGACGUCGAGAAAUGCAAAGUUCACCGUGUCAACGUGGACGAAGGCCCCUCAAGCCACAAAGUCAUCAAAGACUAUAGCGGUGUUUCAAUGGGCUGCACGGCGGACAUUGAAGGCAACGACAAAGAGUUCAUCUUCGCUGGCAAAUACGGCUACGGCAUUGCCAACAAGGAGUCCGGCGACUAUCGAUGGAUCAAAAAAGUCUGGUCGGAAGAUGAAGUCACUGCAAACAAGCAUGAGAAGUUCCGCGGCAACGACGGCGCCGUAGACUCACAGGGUCGCUUCUGGGCAGGCUACAUGUUCGAUCCUCUCGUCUCAGAGUGGAGCUCUGAAGGUGCUGUAUUCCGUCUCAACCCAGACAUGAGCCUCGACCGACCUCUCAGCAACAUCACCAUUCCCAACGGCACGACGUGGAACAAGAAGGAUACAACCAUGUACUUUGCCGACAGCCCGUUCAAGACCAUCUACCAAUUUGACUACGACCCCGCUACCGGCGCAGUCACCAACAAGCGCCCCUUCUUCGUCAUGCCAGAAGACAAUCGGUACGGCAAGGACGCUGUGCCCGACGGUCAUUGCAUUGACGAGGAAGGCUACAUGUGGACUGCGCUCCACGGCGGUAGCCACGUACUCCGCAUCUCUCCCAAGGGCGAGAUUGUAGCGGAGAUCAAGGUCCCGACGGCGCAACCUACGUGCCCAUGCUUUGUUGGCGAGGAGCUCUUCAUCACGAGCGCGGGUGGCACGAGCGGACCAGAUGGAUCGCCUGCUGAUGAGUUUGCGGGUAGCUGUUUCAAGAUCAAUGUUGGUGUAAGGGGUUUAAAGAGGUUCAAGUUCAAGGGCGGAGAGCAAGUUGAGGGCGGGAAGGUGAAUGGGCAUGUUGUUGGAGAGUAAGCUGUUUGUUAUCAGACUACGUGAUUAGUUAUUGAUAGGGAGAGUUGUUUACUUUCCAAUUGCAGUCUAAUGUUUACGGCGAGUUUCCUUCAAUCAAGGCACUAUACGUAGAUACGUAUCGCCCGGGUCUCACGCGUGAGGUAGUUUUUAUUGAAAUAGUACAAUUGAAAGCUAAAUGGCCCGAGUAGUAACGAAUUCCAUGCCCCUGGCUUUUCCUGGCCCUACUCUUACAAUGUAUAAGUAUGUACAACCGAAAGAAGGUGACUCGCAGAACUCCAACGUAUUCAUAUCGCAAAAAAGGCGCACUUUCAACGAUCCGCUCAUUUGCCCGCAGCCUGAUCCUUGAGCUCCUUCGUCUUCUCGGCAACUAAUUCCGUCACACCUU